ACCUAAGAAAGUCAAGAGCAAAGGGGGAAAAACAUGGCUCUGCGAUGUUAUUGAAAAAUUCGAUGUAGUUCGUUCCGUCAUAUUUUAUUUAUUAACAUUUAUAGGAGACAUUAAGAGUUUGUAUCGUUCAUGGGUGCAUCGUCUUUUUUAAGUGAGACAAACAGUUUUUGAAAGUGAAAGAAAAGUGACGAGAUAGGAUUAAAAAAAGAAAUGUGUUCGAUCGAGACGAGUCAUUGUAAAUGUCAUGUAUUUUGCAACAGGGAAUGAUUCGAACGAAACGUCUAAGUUAAGCGUGCCGAAGGAAUUCGUCUUAACGCAGAUUAAAAUCGAUCGACAAUCGUGUCUCUGAGAAUAUACAGACCACUCUUUCUCCAAUUUUUUGGGUUACAAGUUUAGUAUUUGUAAUAUAGAAUUUAUAUACUUAAUUCCUUGGUGCUUUUUUGACUGUAUAAAAGGAUGUCACUGAAACCUAAACGAGUUAAUUUUAAACAAACAUGGAAUGUAUUAGAAGAGACUGUAAAGUGUAUAAUAACAUUGUCAAACGUUCCACGUGCAACAUGGAAUGAUAGAUUUAGCGAUGUCUAUUCUUUAUGCGUGGCAUAUCCAGAACCACUUGCCGAUGAAUUGUACAAUGAAACAAAAAAGUUUCUGGACAAUCAUGUCUUCCAAUUGUUGACGACAGUUUGCGCUCAAGGUGAAUCUGGUUUGCUACAGGCAUAUCAUCGUGCCUGGUGUGAAUAUUCACAAGGCAUUAACUACUUGCAUCGCUUGUACUUAUACCUAAAUCAACAACACAUUAAAAAACAAAAGCUUUCCGAAGCGGAUCUUAUUUAUGGCAUGUCUUCCGUUAUGACUGCUGAUUACCAAGAACAAAUGGAGAUAGGCGAACUUGGCUUAGAUAUUUGGAAGAAAAGAAUGAUUAUACCAUUAAAGAAACAGUUAGUUUCACAACUAUUAGACUGUAUUCGUGCAGAUAGACUUGGUAUAGCUCAGCUAGCAAGUACAGAAGUUAUUUGGGGUAUUAUAGAAAGUUUUGUUCGAGUUGAAGAAUAUAAGUUAGUGGGACAACUGGAUAUGUAUCAAACAAUAUUUGAAACACCAUUUCUCGUAGCUAGCGGAGAAUUUUAUAUGAAAUAUGCAUUUAAAUUACGCCAGCUAUCAGACAUAACACUUUAUAUGGAAAAAGUUACUUCACAACUCGGCCAGGAAAAGCUACGUGCUAUUAAGUUCCUUCACUCAAGCUCUGUGCCUAAAGUGGAACAAUGCUGUGAAGAAAAGAUGAUAGCCACAUAUGUGACCUGGCUUCACACGGAAGCAGAAAAUAUGAUAGAAAAUGAAUGUAGAAGGGACUUAUCCCUCCUGUAUCCAUUAUUAAGGCCAUUACCUGCUGGCUUGACUCCUCUUGUACGAAAAAUUACCGAACACAUCACUCAACAAGGUUUAAAGGCAAUUGGAAGUUUGCAAGGAGAAAAUGUACACACACAAUUUGUGGAAAGCAUACUGAAUGUACAUCAAAAAUACUCGGAAUUGAUCAAAGACGUGUUCAAAGCUGAUUUAGCCUUUGUAGCUGCUCUUGAUAAAGCUUGCUCAGCUGUUGUGAAUCAUAGAUCUGUUCCACGCCAACCAGCAAGAGCACCUGAACUACUAGCUAAGUAUUGCGAUUCCUUGCUGAGAAAAUCAGCUAAGGCUGCAUCAGAAGUGGAAGUCGAAGAGAAACUGGGUCGUUGCAUCAUCGUGUUCAAAUAUGUCGACGACAAAGAUGUCUUUCAAAAAUUCUACGCACGUAUGCUAGCAAAACGAUUAAUACAUCAACAGUCGCAAUCGAUGGACGCCGAGGAAUCCAUGAUCGAUCGUUUAAAACAAGCCUGUGGUUACGAAUUCACGAACAAGCUUCACAGGAUGUUUACCGACAUGUCAGUUUCAGCGGACCUGAAUGCCAAAUUCGCAGCCAGUUUACGAGAAGGAGACAGGGAGAAUCAAUUAGGCAUAGGUUUUGUAGUGUACGUGUUACAGGCAGGCGCGUGGCCGUUAGCUUUACCACCAUCCCCAGGACCGUUUCAUAUCCCUCAGCAAUUAGAAAAGUCUAUACAAGCAUUCGAAACUUUUUAUCACGCACAAUUUAGUGGACGGAAACUUACUUGGUUACAUCAUCUUUGUCAAGGCGAACUAAAGUUUAAUUACUUAAAGAAACCUUAUUUGGUCAUUGUACAAACAUACCAAAUGGCGUUGCUGCUUCUUUUCGAGCAUUGCAAUUCGAUACACUGCCGAGAAGCUGCUGCAUCGUUACGUUUGUCACAUGAUCAACUGGUUAAACACGCCGCUAGUUUGGUCGAUUGUAAAAUUUUAAAAAAGUCGACGACCGGGGAAUUAGAGGAAGACACAGUUUUGACGCUCAAUUUUGAUUACUCCAAUAAGAGAACGAAAUUCCGCGUAACGGGUGCGUUGCAACGGGAUAUACCCCACGAAAGUCACGAUACUGAGGCUACCCAUCGCAGCGUCGAUGAAGACAGAAAAAUGUACCUGCAAGCUGCUAUAGUCCGUAUUAUGAAGAGUCGUCAGGUUUUGAAACACAAUCAACUUAUACAAGAGGUACUAAGUCAAUCUAAGGUUACAUUUGCACCUUCGAUUGGCAUGAUCAAAAAAUGUAUCGAAGCCCUUAUAGAUAAGCAGUAUAUCGAACGUACGCCAAAUAAUGCAGAUGAGUAUUCGUACGUUGCAUAAUUUUACCAU